AUGGCAGCCAUAGGCAGGGAUGGAAACAAUCAGAUUUUUCCUAUUGCAUAUGCUAUUGUGAAAGCAGAGACAAGACCAUCUUGGGAGUGGUUCAUAUACCUUCUACUUGAAGACUUAUGUGAAAUCAAGCACAGAGCUUAUGCCUUCAUUUCAGAUGAGCAAAAGGGUUUAGUACCAGCUGUUCAAAGUGUAAGUGAACAUGUGGAGCAAAGACUAUAUGUGAAGCAUCUCUAUGGCAAUUGGAAAAAGAAACAUCCAGGACUUGAAUUGAAAGAGGCAAUGUGGAGUGCUGCAAGAGCUAAACCAUUCCAGUAUGAGAGAGGGCAAUGUAAUGAUUAA